AUGUCAGAAAUCCCUGCUAUGCAAGCAACCGUUGCCCAAGAAGCAUUCGGUAGUCCAACUCAUGUCAAUAAUGAACCUCCAAGAACAGAAAUGACAUAUAAUAAAGAAGAACAUCAUGAUGAUUCAGGUGCUUCUUCUGAAUCAUCUUCAUUAGAUGAUAAUCAUUCAGGUUAUGAAAGACAUGCCAAUGAAUGUACUGAAUUUUGUAUUGAACUUUUUACUUGUUUCGGUUUAUUCAAUGCAUGUUGUCCUGCUAAUGGUGAAGGUUGUCUUACAUCAACUGCAACCUUCUGUGGUAAUAUUUUAUUUGCGUGUUGUAAGUGCUAA